AUGUUACGCGCUUCGUCUUACCUUCAACCCAUUCAUCGAUUAGCGCCGACAAGAGUAUGGACAAGGCAGUCAUCAAAGUAUAGUAAAGUCAUCGCCAUUCGACGAGAAGAUUAUCUAACAUGGGAAAGAAGAGCACCUCUCGGGCCAAAGCAAGUCAAUUUAUUAGUGGAAGAAUUUGGCUAUAAAGUCAUCGUUCAACCAUCGGCUAAGCGUGCUUUCACGGGAUCGGAAUAUGAAGAAUGUGGAGCCAUUUUACAAGAAGAUAUUUCCCAAGCAUCAUUAGUUGUUGGUGUUAAACAAGUACCCAUCGAUAAACUCCUCCCUAAUAAAACUUAUUGCUUCUUCUCUCAUACCAUUAAAGCUCAAGCAGACAAUAUGCCGCUGUUAGACGCUAUCCUCGAAAAGAAAAUUAAACUAAUAGAUUAUGAAAGAUUGGUUGAUUCUUCUGGUAAACGUUUAGUAGCAUUCGGACAAUUCGCCGGAAUAGCAGGAAUGAUUAAUAUUCUGCAUGGAAUGGGUGUAAGAUUAUUGAAUCUUGGUUUCCAUACGCCAUUUAUGUACAUUUGUAGUACGCACCAUUAUGCAAGCACUACAUCCGCCAAAGUUGACAUCGCCGAAGCUGGUAGUCGUAUUAGACUAGGUCAAAUGCCAACUGCUUUAGGUCCACUAACAUUUGUAUUCACGGGAACAGGAAAUGUAUUCCAGGGUGCAAAGGAGAUAUUCCAGCAGCUUCCACACGAAUUUGUAUCCCCGAAUGACCUAAAAGAAGUGACGGAACAUGGCGAUACACGCAAAGUGUACGGAACUAUUGUUACUGCUGAAGAUCAUAUUGAAAGCUUAGACGGCAGCAAGUUUGAUAAGGGUCACUUUAGGAAAUUUCCAGAACAAUAUCGAUCUAAUUUUGCUGAUAAGAUUGCUCCUUACAUGUCGGUAUUAAUUAAUGGCUUAUACUGGGGCGUUGGUGAUCCUCGACUCCUCACUUGCAAAGAUGCUAGGAAUUUAAUGAAAAUAAAGCCAACUGCUACAAAAGGACUUUCGGAUAAACUCUUACCACAUCGACUUCUUGCUAUUUCUGAUAUAUCAGCUGAUCCGCAGGGCUCGAUCGAGUUCCUAUACAGUGUAACAAAUAUUGGAGAUCCUUUUGAAGUAUAUGAUCCUGUUAGCGAUGCUGCAACGAGAGGUGUUUCCGGGGAUGGAAUACUUAUAACUUCAAUUGAUAACCUACCCACUCAGUUACCACGAGAAGCAACGGACUUUUUUGGAAAUCUGCUAUUGCCACACCUGAUAGAAAUGGCAAAGGCAGAAGCCUCGGUUCCAUUUAAAGAUAUCACUAAAGUAUCGGAGGAAGCUACUAUUGCUAGCAACGGUGAGUUAACGCCAAAGUUCGAGUAUAUUCGACAUUUAAGAAAUGAAAGUUUGCUUUAUGGUAGGUUACAUGUUAGUUCUCCAAGGAAGAAGAACGUUUUACUUCUUGGAUCCGGUUUUGUUGCUAGACCUGUCGUUGAAUACCUGACACGAGAUCCUGAUAUCUCUAUUACCAUUGGUUAUGCCAGCAUUGGCGAUGCUAAUGAUAUAGCAAAAACCUAUCGAAACACUGCUGCCAUGCUUUUUAGGCUCGGAGAGGAAAAGGCUUUAGAUCAAUUGAAAGCGUUGAUCAGUCGUCAUGAUUUGACCGUGAGUUUACUACCGUAUACGUACCACCCUCAAGUAGCUAAGUUCUGCCUGGCUUGUGAUAAGCAUAUGGUAACGGCAAGUUACGUAUCACCGGCAAUGAAAGAACUUCAUCAGAGUGCACUGGAUAAAAAUUUGGUGUUUUUAAAUGAAAUGGGAUUAGAUCCAGGUAUUGACCACAUGUUGGCCGCAAAAUGUUUUGAUGAAGUACGAGCGAAAGGAGGAAAGAUCUCGUCGUACGUGUCGUAUUGUGGUGGUCUACCUGCUCCUGAAUUAUCUGACAAUCCUUUAAGAUAUAAAUUCAGUUGGAGCCCGCGUGGAGCUCUGCUCGCUAUUUUAAAUGGUGCCAGAUAUCGAACAAAUGGAGAAAUUAAGGAGAUCCAUCCUGGUGGUUCACUAUUGGCUUACACAAAAGACGUUGAUUAUUAUCCUGGUCUCAAUUUAGAAGGUUAUCCUAAUCGUGACAGUAUGAUGUAUGCUGACCUUUACGACAUAACUUCCGCUCACACCGGUUUUAGUGAAGUUGCAACUGCCUUGCUGAAGAUCGGCGUAAUUAAUGGAGAACCUAAUCCAAUAUUAAUGAGGAAUGCCCCAGAUAUUCAAUGGCAUCAACUGACUGCAAAUUUGCUUGGCUUAGAAGCCAAUAUUUCUAUUGACGACUUAAAAUCUGAAGUCUUAAAAAGGGUUUCUGGAAACGAGAAUAAACUGAAAGCUAUUAUCGAUCUUGGUUUACUGUCUGAUCAACCAGUAGCAAAAGAGGGAACCACUAUUGAUGCGCUAUCUGCUUUACUGAGCAAAUCGUUAACACUACAGAAAGGAGAAAGUGAUUUUGUAAUCAUGCGACACGAAAUUGGUGUUGAUUGGCCUAAUGGCAAAAAGGAAACGCGCCAUAUAACAUUGGCUUCUUAUGGUAGUCCGGACAGCCAUUCCGCUAUGGCUUGGACAGUCGGUAUUCCGUCGGCUAUCGCAGCACGUCAAAUUUUAAGAGGAGAAAUCACCAGAACUGGAGUUAUGGUACCUAUUAGUAGUGAUAUUUACGAACCUAUGCUAGGCCUACUAGAGAAAGAAAAUAUCCGUGAAAGUAAUCACGUUACAUAUCACUAA